UUUUUAUACUUUCAAUUAUAUGAAAUUUUUAAUUCAAUAUUUUUGAGGUCUAAGAAUUGUGUAUUUUUAUAACAUGGAACAGUGCGUAAAAAAACCAAAAUUAGAUACAAGUAUAAAGGAAGGAGAGGCAGAAAUUUUAGUUGACAAUACAAACGUAUUUUAUAAUCCUGUUCAAGAAUUUAACAGGGAUCUUAGCGUAGCUGUGUUAACAACUUACAUAAAAGGAAUAAAGAAGCAACCAACAGAGACAAGCACAGAAAAACAAGACGGAAUUGUCAUAUUGGAAGCUUUAUCUGCUACUGGUUUACGUAGCAUUCGGUAUGCCAAAGAAGUGAAAGGCAUAAAACAAAUCGUAGCCAAUGAUAUUUCUGCCAAGGCAGUUGAAAGCAUUAAAAAUAAUAUACAACACAAUGGAGUCGAAAAUCUUAUAAAACCGAGUCACGAAGAUGCAACAUUGCUCAUGUAUCAAAGUAGAAAGGACAAGUUUGACGUAAUAGAUUUAGACCCAUAUGGUUGUCCUACAACGUUUCUAGAUGGUGCGGUACAAUGUGUAUCAGACGAUGGACUACUUAUGAUCACAGCUACAGAUAUGGCAGUAUUAGCUGGUAACUCUCCUGAAACUUGUUAUCUUAAAUAUGGAGCUAUCUCUUUAAAAUCUAAAGCAUGCCAUGAAAUGGCACUAAGAAUAUUAUUGCAAAGUAUUGCUUCACACGCAGGGCGAUAUGGUAGAUACAUAGUACCAGUACUUUCUAUAAGUGCUGAUUUUUAUAUAAGAGUAUUUGUUAAAGUAUUUUCCAGUCAAAUUAAAUGUAAAGAGAAUGCAACUAAAAUUGGAAUGGUGUACCAAUGCACAGGUUGCGAAAGCAUCAACACUCAACCAUUAUGUUAUAAGAAGCCUAGUGGAGGCUACAAAUUAGCAUCUUUACCUUAUGUGGAUCAACUUUGUAAAAUCUGUCAGCAUAGGCAACAUGAAGGGGGACCGAUAUGGUUAGGUCCUUUGCAUGACCAACAUUUUGUAUCUAAUCUUCUAUGUAAUUUAGACGAAAUGAAGUUGGCAACAUUAAAAAGAAUAGAAGGAGUUUUAAAUGUUAUUCGCGAAGAGUUAGACGUUCCAUUAUAUUAUACUCUUAGUCGUUUAAUGUCUACAAUCAAAUGUAUUACACCGUCGAUGUUAACAUUUCGAUCUGCAUUAUUAAACGCAGGAUAUUGUGUAUCGUAUUCACAUGCCUGCAAAACAUCUGUAAAGACGGAUGCUCCAAAUGAAGUUAUAUGGGAUAUUGUACGUGCAUGGGAAAAAAAUAAUUCCGUGAAAAGAGAUAAACUAUCAAAUGAUAGCCCCGCGAUAAGAAUAUUAAAGACACCAAUGACAACGAACGUUUCGUUUGAUAUACAUCCUCUGGCCAAUCCAUUAUCUAGGCAAAACAAGCUAACGCGAUUUCAACAAAAUCCUACGAUCAACUGGGGCCCUGGUACGCGUGCAAGAACGAGAAUAGACUUAGAAAAUGGAGUAGAAAAUUCGAAAAAGAUAAGAAAUCAAAAUAAAAAUUCCAGAAAAGAAAAACCACGAUCAACAAACGAUACUGAGAAAAUAAAGCCUUUAUAAAGAUAUUUAUAUCUAUUCUUGUACCUAUACCGUAAAUUUUCAUGAAAAAUACAAGUGUAUAUAAACGAAUACUCAGUCAUUAAAUUUUUUCAUUGAUAAAACAUACAUUGUACGUGUUUUGUAACACAUAAAACUGUAUAUAGGGAUAUAUUGAUAAUUUGGAAUUCAA